AAGAAUUGCCUCGAGACGGGUGGAGAAGCACGAACAAGUGGUGCGAACGUGGUUCCCGAUGUCGCGAUGCAGGUACCCAGCGGCGAAUAAAACAUUUUUCUCCGCGCGUGGCCGAGUGUGGCGAGCUAUCGUUGUCGCCUACAAGAACUCUGGGGUGAACCUCUUUUCUCGGUGUGUCAUCACUCCUACACUUCUGCAUCUUACCCGCCAAGAUGCACCAGUCCACCACUGUCACCAUGGAGGACGAGAAAAUCCGCCAGUUCGGAUACGGUGGUCCUCAGGUGGUCAACUACGACGAUGAAGCUCCCCCGCUCAAGGGUGAGCUGGAGCUCAACGUCGGUGGCCGUGGUGCUACCCAACGGCGGCUGAAAAACUACCAGGUCAGUAUGAUCGGGUUCUGUGGUGGCAUUGGAACCGGUCUUUUCGUGGGAACAGGCUCUGCAUAUGCAGACGCAGGUCCCGCUGGCUUGCUGCUGGCCUACAUCGUCAUUGGAUUUGUGCUGUGGUGUGUGAUGCAGAGUAUCGCGGAAUUGGCUACCUUGCUGCCCACAGCGGGAUCGUUCCCUCACUGGGCCACUCGUUUCAUCGAUCCGGCUGUCGGCUUCUCCCUCGCUAUCACAUACGGUUAUUGUUAUACAAUCGCGAUUGCUUCAGAAGUAUCCGCUUCUGCCGUCAUUGUUGGUUAUUGGACAGACAUAACACCGGCGGUGGUUAUUACGGUCGGGCUGGUGCUGAUUUUGGCCAUCAACCUGAUGAGCGUACGCUUUUAUGGUGAAAGUGAGGUCAUCGCAGGCGCUAUCAAGGUCUUGUGCUUUGUCGGAUUGGUUUUUGUCGCUAUCGUCAUCACCUCUGGUGGCGGUCCCAAUCACCAAACCAUCGGAUUCCGCUACUGGCACAACCCGGGAGCCUGGACGAACUACAACGGCAUCACUGGCCCGACCGGACACUUCCUCGGAUUCUUGUCUGCCUUUGUCAACGCGUCCUUCAGUUUCGUUGGUGUUGAAACAGUCGUCAUCACUGCCGCCGAAUCGGUCGACCCGCACUAUUCCAUCCCCAAAGCUGCCCGUCGCGUGACAUACCGUAUUGCAUUCUUCUACAUCCUCGGUGCACUCCUCAUCGGACUCAUCGUCAGCCCUACAAACAAAGGCUUGGUUUCUGGUUCCGGCAAUGCCAACAGCUCUCCUUGGGUCAUUGCCAUCAAGCAAGCCGGAAUCAGUGCUCUGCCGUCUAUAGUCAACGCCUGUAUUCUUAUAUCGGCUUGGUCUGCAGGCAAUUCCUAUUGCUGGGUAGGAUCGCGCAUGAUCGUGGCCAUGACGACCGACCGCCAGUUGCCGCAGGUGUUUGGCCGGGUUAACAAGAUGGGCGUGCCAUACGUUGCCGUCAUCACCUCCUGGCUUUUUGGCCCGUUGGCAUACCUGAGUCUUGGCACCGGCGGUCCGGCGCAAGCUUUCGACUGGCUUCUCAAUUUGAGCACCAUUGCUGGAUUAAUCGCGUGGGCGACACUGUCCUUCUGUUACAUUCGCUUCUAUUCCGCCAUGAAAGCGCAGGGCGUCAGUCGGGACACUUUGCCCUGGAAGUCGCCCUUCCAGCCAUACACGGCGUGGGUGGGUUUCAUUGGCUCAACGAUCAUCACCCUGGUGGCGGGUUUCCCCGUGUUCCUCAAGGGUAACUGGUCCACUUCGGACUUUUUCGCCUCGUAUGUGGGCAUUCCUAUCUUUAUCGUGCCGAUUAUCCUCUGGAAGGUUUUCAACCGCACGAAGUUUCAGCGCAGCGCCAACAUCGACCUCUGGUCCGGUCGGCUGCAGGAGGGCGAGAUUGUCAUUCGAGAGGGCGGGCCCAAGACCCGUGUGAGACGCUUCGUGGACUGGUUCUUCUAAGUGUGGACUGGUUCCAAAUUCAACUUUUUCUGUGCAUUUGUGCAUCUUUCGGCGGAGAUACCCAUUAUGUUUUUCAUGCAAUUUCAACAAUUUGCAACCCGUCACAAAAGUGUUAGACUUUUUUCUA